GGGAGAGAGAGACAAAAGUGAAUGGGAUCUGUCAAUCUAUCGGAGGAUCAGGUAUCCAGAAAGGCGAUGGCUUCUUUCACCCUGAUUCUCCCCUUUACCUGAUUCUUUCCUGUCUUUCCUUUGUCUCCUUUCUUCUUUAACUUUAAUAUCAGAGAUUCCCCUUCCUUGUUCUGUCGCGCGUUCCUUGUCCAACUAGGUGUACUCUCAUUUCGAACUAAUUAACAACGAUGGACCGAGACCAAAUUAUGUCUAAUGGAGAUGACUUGGUAACUGAUCUUUUGGCCCAAUUCACGGGAUACACCGGGCCAGCGAAAACUACGGCGACUGCAGAACCCAACGGCGAGCCUCAGCCUACAUCUCAACCAGCUGUUACCCCUCCUCCUCAAGCCCAGGCCCAAUCCAAAUUAUAUAUGGCCUCGGUCGAAGUCCCCGGUAUCGCCAGCUAUGAGGAAUAUGAGUUCAUCCCUGGGCAUUUUGAUGUCCGUCGUGUCAUCAGUGAAAUAUCGGAUGCGGAUAGAUUUUUAUAUAAGAUAGAGUUGCGGAGUGGUGAGGUUGAAACAGUUUCGUCGUCACGCCUUCAGAGUCUCAACAACGGUUUGAACGCUUUACAACACUUUCGGGAGUCGGGCAAUGAUGACAUGGACUUGGAAUAUACAGGAGGUCGCAGACUUCGCCACAGACAAUCUUACAGUUACAUCGCAGAAUCUUCGGCUCGACCUUCCUCCCCCGCUACCGAAGAGGAGUCUGUCUCUAGCUCUCGGUCCCGCGGAAUGAGGAGGUCUCGGCGUUCUACUCGGGGUCAACAUCAGUUCACAGAUUUUUUCGGAGGAUUGAGCAGUGAUGAUGAUAUUGUGCGCUCGGAGAGGUCUCUCUCCAGCGACGAUGUCAUUGCGUCGUCCAAUGCGACUUCGAGAAGACGCCGGUUGAGGAGGGGCGUCAAACAAAAGCGCUCAUCAAAAGCCUCUGACGACACAGACAGUGAAUAUGCUGGGACUAAAGGCACUCGAUUUUCGACUCGGAGUAGAAGAACUGCCAGGAAGAACCUCCGCGAAAGGCUUGAAGAUGAAAUUUCGGAACAUGAAGGGUCGGCCAAAGAAACCAAAUUCUAUGGGGCAAAAGAAAUAUUCCACAAAAUUCCUUCAAACGACCCAUUCAGACUCCGGCAUCGAGCUGCUUGUGAUGUUUGUGAUAUCAAUGGGGACGACUCAGCCAAAGGCCCGUUGGUUUUCUGUCAAGGUUGCACGUCUUCUUAUCACCAGGCUUGUCUAGGACCGCGGGGAGCCCGAGAUCAUCUUGUUACCAAAAUAUCAGAUGACCAAUUCAUUCUUCAAUGCCGUCGUUGCAUUGGGGUUGCCCAGACAAAGGACCGCCUAUGUCCCCAUCAGGGCUGCUGUGCCGGAUGCAAUGGCAAAGGCCCAAUGGCUAAACCUCUCAGAGAAAGGUUGACACCACGCCAAGAGCAGCAGCUUCGUCAAGACAACGAUGGGAAAGAUCCCAUCACCUCUGUAGACAUGGCCCAAGUAAACAAUAUUAAUAAUCUUCUCUUCAGAUGCAAUGCUUGCAACAGAGGAUUCCAUCUCGAACAUUUACCCCCAAUGUUCGACAAUGAAUCUGAAGACGUCUCUUCGCAAAGAUUCGAUGAAUACUCGCUUAACUGGCAGUGUCAUGAUUGCUCCUCAGCCCCUGCAGAAAUUGGUUCCAUGGUUGCAUGGCGUCCUGUUAACCCUGAGAAACUUGGCUCUAGCCACGCCGACGAGCUAAAGGAAAACAACAAGGAAUAUCUCAUCAGGUGGAAAGAAAAAUCCUAUUUUCAUACGGCAUGGAUGCAUGGGAGCUGGGUUUGGGGGGUCGCCCCUUCUGCGAUGCGAAGGGCCUUUUUCAGGUCAAACAAGAACUUCAAGCCAAACAUGACUUCCGAGGAGGCAAUUCCCGAAGACUAUUUGCGUGUGGACAUUGUAUUUGACGUUGAGUACUCGGAUUCAAAAGAUUCAAAUAGUUCACAUAAGCGCGCGCGUGAAACUGAUAUUGCGCGAGUGGACAAGGUAAAGAAAAUGUUUGUCAAAUUUAAAGGUCUGUCUUAUGAGGAGGCUGUAUGGGAUUCGCCCCCAGAUCCAAGCAACAUAGAACGAUGGAACGAUUUCAAGGCAGCCUAUAAGGACUGGGUUUGGCGUGAUUAUGUCCAUACACCAAACCAAGACACUCUCAAAAAGCAUCUUUCCCAUGUCCGGAAACAGAACUUCAAGACAAAGGUAGUCCGAGAUACACAACCUGAUAUUGUGACUGGCGGGCAGAUCAUGGAAUACCAGAAGGAUGGCUUAAACUGGCUUUACUACAGAUGGUUCAAACAGCAGAAUGCUAUUCUUGCAGACGAAAUGGGCCUUGGCAAAACCAUCCAAGUUAUCGGUCUGUUUGCAGCAUUGAUUCAGUACCAUAAAUGCUGGCCCUUUCUUGUCGUCGUGCCCAACUCAACCUGUCCAAAUUGGCGAAAGGAAAUCAAGACAUGGGUCCCGUCAAUCCGAGUUGUCACGUAUUAUGGAACCUCUGCCUCUCGAAAGCUGGCCCAGGAUUAUGAAAUGUUCACCGGGGAUGACCCUAGCCUCAGGUGUCAUGUGGUCAUCACAUCCUAUGAAGCAAUGUCUGACGAUUCGUCUCGGAAGGUCCUUUCCAAAAUUCCUUGGGCUGGUCUUGUUGUCGACGAAGGACAACGUUUGAAGAACGACAAAAGUCAGCUCUAUGAAUCGCUCUCGAAGAUCAAGUUCCCUUUCAAACUUCUUCUCACGGGUACACCGCUACAAAACAAUGUUCGAGAACUCUUCAAUCUCCUCCAGUUUUGCGAUCGAACAAAGAAUGCCGAAAAUCUAGAGGCUGAAUACGGCGAAUUAACCAAAGAGAACAUCCCGGAACUACAUGAUAUGAUUCGGCCAUUCUUUUUGCGCCGUACCAAAGCUCAGGUUCUCACUUUCCUCCCUCCAAUGGUGCAGAUCAUUGUUCCGGUGUCCAUGUCUGUGGUACAGAAGAAGCUGUACAAAUCAAUUCUGGCCAAGAACCCGCUGCUCAUCAAGGCUAUCUUCCAGAGAUCUGGUGACAAGGACAACGGAAAAUCAGUAGAACGGCAUAAUCUUAAUAACAUCUUGAUGCAGCUACGCAAAUGUCUAUGCCACCCUUUUAUCUACAGCAGAGAGAUCGAAGAGCGUACAUCUGAUGCUGCGGAGUCGCACCGGCAUCUACUUGAGGCAGCUGGGAAACUUCAAUUGCUUCAAUUGAUGCUACCAAAGCUUCAGCAGCGCGGUCACCGAGUUUUGAUUUUCAGUCAGUUCAUCGACAAUUUGGACAUAAUGGAGGAUUUCCUUGACGGGAUGGGAAUCCUACAUCGUCGCCUUGACGGAAAUAUGUCCUCAUUAGAGAAGCAAAAGCGGAUAGAGGAGUACAAUGCAGAGGGCUCUCCUUAUUUUGCAUUUCUUCUGUCAACCAGAUCAGGUGGUGUUGGAAUCAACUUGGCUACUGCCGAUACGGUCAUCAUCAUGGAUCCAGACUUCAACCCACACCAAGAUAUGCAGGCAUUAUCCCGCGCCCACCGCAUUGGACAGAAGAACAAGGUUCUUGUGUUCCAACUUAUGACCCGCGGCAGUGCAGAGGAAAAAAUCAUGCAGAUUGGCAAAAAGAAGAUGGUCCUUGAUCAUGUGCUCAUUGAUCGUAUGGAUGCGGAGGAAGAUGAUGGGCGAGAUCUCGAAUCAAUCCUGCGCCAUGGAGCUCAAGCAUUGUUUGAUGAUGAUGACUCUGGAGAUGUCCACUACGAUUCUGAGUCGGUGGACAAGCUUCUUGACCGAAGUCAGGUAGAGCAAGCAACAAAUUCCGAUGACAAGAACAAGCCAGAAAAUCAGUUCAGCUUUGCUCGGGUAUGGGCGAAUGACAAUCAGAAUCUGGAUGGUCAAUUGCCAGAUGCGGAAGAGGAAGAGGGCACUCCCAGCGAUACUGUCUGGGAGAAGAUUCUUCAAGAGCGUGAGCAGGCCGCAAUUGAGGAAGCGAGGAAGAAGCAGGAAACUCUUGGACGUGGUAAAAGAAAGCGGACUACUGUCGACUACAGCCAUGCUGUUGAUAUAUCACCUGCGAAACCUCAACGCCAGGCCGACAGUGACGUGGAAUUCAAAAGUGACGAAGCGGCUGCAGAAUCAAGCAGCGAUAGCGACCCUGAGAUGGAACUUGAUGAACCCGAGCGGCUCCCCAAGAAGAGAGAGGUUACGUCGUUCAAGCGCGUCGAGCCUGAUUUGGGCCCUGUUGUGUCCAACGGUUCGGGUUUGGACGGCCACAUAGAUUCACCACCCUGUGUGGCCUGCAACAUGAAUCAUCCCCUGGGGUACUGUCGCUUGAAAAUAGCUGGCGUCGAACAUUGCGGGCUCUGCGGGAUUGCACAUUUCGGAUUCUCCCGUACCUGUCCGCAUCUCAGAUCUGAGACGCAAGUGGUUCGGAUGCUGGAGGCUUUGAAGCAAAGCAAUGAAUCGCCCGACGUGGUCAAGGAAGCCAAAAGAUAUCUGACUGGAGUAAAGGGCAGUAUCGCCCAGCGCAAGCGAAAGCUAGCUUCUAGGGCUGCCGUAGCUGGCAGUAGUCCUGUUGCUAGUUCAAGCAGUGGUAUACCCAAUCACGCCAUGUCCGGUGCCCUUCCCAUUCCUAGCACCAGUGCUGUUGCUUCCUCAGGGUCACCAAUAGUCGACCUGACUGGCCCCCGAACAACUGGGACUACCCUCUUUCCGCUCGUGCCACGGUCUGGACGUACUUCACAGCAAUCUCGACGUGGUGCAUACCUAGGAGGAUACUCUUCUAGACCCUCACCAUCUGGCCAAAAUCGUUAGGUUUUAGUCCAGGUGGGACUUGUUUGGUUUCCUAACAAGCGAACGAAGCAUUAUAAUUUUUGGUGUUGAAUUCAUUUCCUGGCUGGGGGAGUUUCUUUUCUGAUGUGUUCUCUCGACACGACAUGUAAUUAGCUAUCUUCUUGCCGUGAUUAGAACGGACCGCUUUUUACACAUAUUUAGAAUAAUUUCAAAAAAGCAACGUGAAGAUCACAAUCACUGUUUUGCUCAGCGUAGGCAUUUAUCCAUUAUGCGAUUUCACCAAGCGGGGGUGACAGCGAAGGGAGGGCCACGUUCAAGGUAACAGACAAACGAAUCAACCAGAUACUUGCUGUUGGGGGUGGAAUCUCAUUUGAUUGACGAGCGACGUUCUGCUAAGAUCAGGGCGUUAUCCCGAAC